AUGACAUACGAAAUUCGAGACUUGACCCCGCUGAACAUCAAGCCGCUGCAACACCAACAUCGCGAACCACAAAGUCAUGACCCGAUCCAGUUUGAUCUCCGCGAUGAUAAAAUACACGUCCUCCUCUGCGCAUCCGGCUCCGUGGCGACAAUCAAGAUCCCUAACAUAGUCGAUGCGCUCGCGAAGCAUGAGAAUGUCCGGAUACGACUCAUAUUCACAGCAGCAGCCGCGAAUUUCCUACAGGGCCAGAGCGAAGAACAACCCUCGAUAAAAGACAUAGGAGCAUUGCCAAACGUAGACGGUGUCUACUUCGACGAGGACGAAUGGAAAGCGCCAUGGAAGCGCGGCAACAAGAUCCUACACAUUGAGCUACGGCGAUGGGCAGAUAUCAUGGUCAUCGCACCGCUCAGCGCAAACGAACUGGCAAAGAUCACACAAGGGUUGUCCGAUAACCUCCUCCUAUCUGUCGUUCGUGCGUGGGACACAACGGGCUUGAUCGACCCGGUUAGGGACAUACCGGGCGUACAGUGGCCGCAAGAUGCUGGAGGGGUACUGAAAAAGAGGAUACUGGUUGCGCCAAGUAUGAAUACAGCGAUGUGGUUUCAACCGAUUACGAAGAAACAGAUCAAGGUGCUGGAUGAGGAGUGGGGUGCUGAAAACGGUGGCUGGUUUGAAGUGCUGCAGCCCAUGGAGAAAGAGCUGGCGUGUGGGGACAUUGGGGGUGGGGCGAUGAAGGAUUGGAGGGAGAUCGUGGGUCUUGUUGAAGAAAGAUUGGGCUUGAGCGGUGGUGGUGCCUGA